CCAGCUGCAGCAUCCCCGAGUCCACUUCCUGUCUCUGGAGUCACCUAUCCUGGGCGUUUCCUGUUCACGGAGCCCAUGCUGUGUUCUCUGUGUCUGGCGCCUCUCACUGAGCACAGUGUCUUCAAGGUUCUUCCGCAUUGUAGCAAGUGUCCCUUUGGCAGGUUUUUAAACCUCAUCAGAGAGAAGGGCUGUUUUUUGAGCCAAAAUCCCUAUCUAGGAUUUUUGGUUUGUUUUUGUUUGAGACAGGGUCUUGCUAUGUAUUCCAGGCUGGCCUCAAACCUGAGGUGCUCUCCUGCCUUGGCCUCCUGAGUGCCACCACGCCCAGGUCCUGUCUAGGUAUUUUAAGGGAAGCCAAGUGUUUCCAGUGCCACAUCCCCAGGGGAUUUUUACAGGCUCCUGGUGCCUUCUGUGACCUGGGGAUCCAUGCAUUUCCUCCCCAAACAAAAUGUGAGCACCUACUAUGUGGAGCAUACAGCAAGCAGUUCAGCCCUGGAAGAAAGCAUGCUGAUCCCUGCCCUCCUGGAGCUGACCUUGUAGCUAGGGACAUGGGCAGGGCACAAGGUGAAGAGGUGAAGCACCUAAUGUACCUCACAGUGCUGGGGUGAAAAAUAAAGUUGAGGAAGAGACAUUGGGAGGUAGAGAGAGCAGGUAGUCUUUGGGCAAAGACCUGAGAAUUGAGGAAGUGGAUCGUGCAGAGCUCUAGGAAAAGGUGGUCCUAGCAGAGGGCACAGCUGUGCAAAGGUUCUGGGGCAGCAUGGAGCCAGGUGUUGAGCGUCCUGGAGGCCCGUGUGGUAUGGCUGGAUCAGAGGGAGCGAGGGGCAGAGAAGGAGGGGAUGCAGAGGGACAUGCAGAGUCCUGUGGGCUGCAGGGGGGACUUGGAUUUUUCCUUUGAGGAAAGUGGGAGCCGUAGAAGGCUGUGGGCAGAGGAGGGACUGGGAUGGGACUCACUUUAUAGCAGCUUAACCGUUCUGCCCCAUCUUCAGGUUGUUGGAAGGAUUAAAUGAUCCCCUAGCAAAGAGUGACAGAGCCUGAGCCCGAGCCACCUCAGGGGCCGACGACCUUAUUUAUGAUCCUUGUUAUUCUUAGGUCCUCAGCUCGGGCCCCAACAGACGUCCGCCAGGCGUCCCUGGGGAGGGCGCAGCUGGCCUGGCAGGGCCUGGGCACCUGGGGCCCGCGCCUCCCUCCACACUGUGGUGUCGCCUUCCCGGCCGGCUCGGGUUCCCGGAUCCCCUUACUAGGCGGCUCGGCUGUCGCGUCCUGAGCCGGAGGUGGGGAGGCUGCAGGAAGCGGUGGAUCCGGCGGCGUCGGCCCGGGUGGGUGCGGAGUCCCCGCCAUGGAGAGCGAAAAGGCCCGCGAGUCCGGAGGCGCCGAGACCCUGCAAGGCCCCGCGCCUCCGCCCUCGCCAGCCGAAGCCCCCGCCGCGCCCCGCGCCCGCCCGCGCCUCGUCUUCCGCACGCAGCUGGCGCACGGCAGCCCCACGGGCAAGAUCGAGGGCUUCACCAACGUCCGCGAGCUCUACGCCAAGAUAGCCGAGGCCUUUGGGAUCGCCCCCACCGAGAUCUUAUUCUGUACCCUCAACAGCCACAAAGUGGACAUGCAAAAGCUGCUGGGGGGGCAGAUAGGGCUGGAGGAUUUCAUCUUCGCCCAUGUGCGCGGCGAGACUAAAGAGGUAGAGGUCACCAAGACAGAGGAUGCCCUCGGGCUGACGAUCACAGACAACGGGGCCGGCUAUGCCUUCAUCAAGAGGAUCAAGGAAGGCAGCAUCAUCAAUCGCAUCGAGACAGUGUGUGUGGGGGACAGCAUCGAAGCCAUCAAUGACUACUCCAUCGUUGGCUGCCGCCACUACGAGGUGGCCAAGAUGCUCCGGGAGCUGCCCAAGUCCCAGCCCUUCACCUUGCGCCUGGUGCAGCCCAAGAGAGCCUUUGGUGAGGCCACCAGGGUCCAGGGAUUGGCAGAUAUGAUUGGCCAGCGGAGCCGGAGCAGCAAGUGUCCCAUGGAAGCAAAAGUGGCCAGUGGGAGGGAGACCCUGCGACUGCGUUCUGGGGGUGCCGCCACCGUGGAGGAAGUGCCCAGCGAGUUUGAGGAGGAAGCGUCCCAGAAGGUGGACGACCUGCUGGAGAGCUACAUGGGCAUCCGAGACCCCGAGCUGGCAUCCACCAUGGUGGAGACGUCCAAGAAGACGGCCAGCGUCCAGGAGUUUGCACGCUGUUUAGACUCUGUCUUGGGCGAGUUUGCCUUCCCGGACGAGUUUGUGGUGGAGGUGUGGGCUGCCAUCGGCGAGGCCAGGGAGGCCUGUGGCUAGUGUGCCCGGGGAGCCAGCGCAGCCCCAGCCUGGACCAUGGCCCCCCACCCCAGCCCUGCUCCAGUGCCUGGCCCCAGCCAAGCUCCGAGGCCAGGCUCACCUCCAGAAGCCAGCCCAGUUCGGAAAUCCCACCCAGCUUCUCCAGACUGCAGCCCUGCUUAGAGAGCAAGCCAAGAGCUGAGGCCAAGCCCUGCUCCGGAGCCCAGGCCCGCUCUGAGAUAGACCCCACCUUUAGGUGCCAGCCAGGCUCUGAGACCAAGCCGGGCUCCAGAUCCCAGCCAGGCUUCAAGAGGAAACUCAGCCCUGAGACCAAAAGCAGCUCCAGGGCCCAGCUCAGCCCUGAGACUAAGAUCAUAUCUAGAAUCUUGCUGAGCCCUGACAUCAAGUCAUGCUCUGGAACCCAGAUAAAUGCUAAGAUGCAAUCCAGUUCAGAGAUUGAUCCCAGAUCCAGUACCCAGUCCAGUUCUGAGACCAAACCCAGCCAUAAAACUCAACCUGAUUCUGGAACUGAAGAUGCCUCCAUGGCCCAGCCUGAUUUGGACACUCAGCGCAGUUCUGGGACACCAGGUAGCUUGGGAAGCCAGAGAGUCAAGCAACAGGCCAGCUCUAGAACUCAAGCCGCCCCAGGCAGCCAGCUCUACACUGCUGUGCAGUCUCGAUCCAAACCUCAGCCCUGCUCUAAAACCCACUUGCACCCAACUACCUACUCCCAUUCUGCAUCCCCGUCCAGUUCCAGCAAUGAGUCCAGCUCUGAGAUAGAGCCCAGCUCUAGAGCCCAGCCUACCAGCACCACCAGGCCCAGCUCCAGAAUUCAGUCUGGCACCGAGCCCCCCUCUCCUUGCAGAACACAUGCCAGUUCUAGAAUUCAGAUCAACUCUGGCACCCAGACUGACUUCAAGGCCUGGCCAAGUUCUAGAGCUCAGCCAAGCCCAGGUAUCCCACCCGGCUCCAGGGCUCAGUUCAGUUUUGGAGCACAGAUUGUUUCUGAAAAGCCAUCCAGCUUCCAAACACAGUCAGCGUCUGAGCCUCAGCUGAGCUCCAGAAUCCAGCUACGCUCUGGAAUCCACUCUGGUGCUGGGACACAGCCCACAACAGCCACAGAUUCCAGCUCCAGGACCCAGCACUGCACAGGGGCUCAAGCAACCUUUAGCAUUCAACUUGGCUCUCAAACCCUCCCACGAUCUAGACACCAGCUCCAGGCCACAACCCCAGCCGGCUCAGUUAUUCAGCCAGACUCAGGGAAGCAGAUCAGCUCUAGAGCCCAGCCCAGCCCAGGAACCCAGGCCAGCUCAAGGAUCCAGCCUGGCUCUGGAACUCACCCGAAGUCUGGAACCCAGCCUCUUCCUGGAAUCCAAUCCAGCUGGAGAAUCCAGCUCAGCUCUGGAAAUGGGCUCCAUCCACAGACCCUUGACCCUAGAGCCCACCCUAAUUCCUCUGCCCUGACCCAGUCCCCAGGCCUACCCUUCAAGGCCGCAACUCCAGCUGCCAGCAAAGCCCCAGGACCUAGGCCUUGGCCUACUGAUUGGGUACCUGGAUCAGGCCUCUCAGCCUCCCUCCUGGUCCCCCAGCCAGCAGCUCCUAUGCCCCAGAAGCCACCCCUUUCCCCCAAGCCAAAACUGGGCCCCCAGGAGCCCACCCCACCACUUGUGUCUGUCACUGCUGGCCUUGUCCCCAGGGGGACCCUCCUGAGCUCACCUCCCUGAGCCCCCGGGACACACCCUUCCCCACAGACCUGGGGAGCCAGGGCUCCUCCCCCACCAGGUGUGAUGUCACAGCGGCUCCCGCAGCCCCUCCCAGCCUGGGUUCCCCUACCCAACAGAUGACCUCAUUCCCCAGACAGGCCGGGAGGGGGUCAUGGAAACAGGAUUCGAUUUCACAGGGCCUGGCCAGGGACUUGUAAGCGGAUCCUAUCUGUGGAGGACAAGGCGGGCAGCAGAGGCACUGGCUUCCGUGCCUCCAGGGCAGGGCAAAUAAAUAAAGGCUCCUCACA